AGAGCAAAGCUGUAUUUUGUGUAGAAAACAGGGAGUUUGGGGUUUCCAUCUGCCUCCUGUCUCCCCGGUUGUCCAGACUCUUGCUAAGAUAGCUGCUAUGCACCCAUCCCAGCUGUGAGGGCAGGUCUGCAGAGCUGCAGCACCCAAUUCCCAUCCAAGCACAAUGCCGGUGCACUACGUGACAUACAAAGGCAUUAAAUUCCCUCCUGCCUACAACUCCGUGCACAGCUUGAGUUUUGCCCACAAUGAGUUCCUGGUGCGGGACGAUGACGUCUUCAACAUCACCUACCCUAAAUCUGGCACCGUGUGGAUGACUGAGAUCCUGAGCCUCAUUCGCAGCCACGGCCACCCCAGCUGGAACCAAACUGUCCUCAAUUCUGACCGCAUGCCUUGGUUCUCAACCCGCCUGGGUCUGGAGGCAGCCCUCAGCUACCCCUCACCUCGCUUGCUGACCUGCCACCUCCCCAGGCACAUCUUCCCCAAGUCCUUCUCCCAUUCCACUGCCAAGGUCAUCUACACCCUACGGGAUCCUCGAGAUGUUGUUGUCUCCUACUUCUACUUCUGCAAGAUGUGCAACAGCUAUGAGGACCCCGUGUCCUUUGAGCAGUUCUUGAGGGACUUUCUCAGUGGAGAGUUGCCCCAUGGCUCCUGGUUUGAACAUGUCCGAGGCUGGAUGCAGAUGAAGGACAGGGAGAAUUUCUUCUUCAUCACCUAUGAAGAGCUGAAACAGGACCUGCAAGGCAGCGUGAGACGCCUCUGCCAUUUCCUGGGACAGAAUUUGGAUGACGAUGCUAUCUCCUCAGUAGUCCAAAAUGCCUCUUUCACAGCCAUGAGGCAGAACCCUAUGUGCAGCUCCAUCUUGCUUCCCGCAGACAUCAUGGACCAGACCAAAGGCCAGUUCCUGAGGAAAGGCAUCUGUGGGGACUGGAAGAACCAUUUCACAGUGGCACAGAGUGAGACCUUCAAUAGAAUCUACCUGGAAAAGAUGCAGGGUUUGGAUGUGGCCUUUCCUUGGGACAGAGAUCAGGAUCCAGACCUAACUGAGCAAUAAAUAUAAGCCGUCUAUUGGCGUCUGGGGUAACUGGUCGCUGUUGGACACAGGCAGUUGGAUCCAGGGGUACAAAUGGCUGCAACAUGAAGUAGAGCAAAUUGUUUGGUAGCUACAACCAGCUGACAUGUUUCCCUGGGGUGACAGGAGAGCCGCAGAGAAAAUGGGGAGGGAGACGAAUGCUGAGGUGUCCUUUCUAUUUGCAGUUCCCAUUUUGCAGUUAUUUAAUCAUAUUAAAUAAUUUUUGCCAGUAAAUAACAUUUUCACCUUCGGGUUUUGUUUUUUUCUUCCCUUUCAACAGAGCUAUACAUGAGUGCUCUGAAUCCUUGGAGUUAUUCCAGCUAUGACAUACUCCGUCAUAUCUGGGUGUUGUACAGAAUUGAAUUCACAGGAAAGAAUGUCUGUACAAGACAGUGUUGCCAUUGCACCUCUGUCAGUCUAUCCUCAUAGAGACUUAAAUAAGUGAUGAGUUCAAAUAAAGCAAAGCCAACUGUGUGCUGUAUCAUGGGGAUUUAACAGCUCUACCUCAUCAAUGAAUGGGAAAAAUGUGCAGCAAAGCAGGAACUACCUAAGGAUCAUGGACAAGUACAUCACAGAUAGUCAGACUUGUAUAGACUUUUUAAUGUCAAACCCUGUGGAAAGACUUAGCGAAAUCAAAGCAGGGGAAGACAUUUUGUGGAUUUUGGCUCAGACACGGUUCUGUGAUUUGUCUAUCUUUAAGCCUUCACAGUGCCUACAGGGAAAUCCAGCUCUUUCCAAGUGCCAAAAUACAACUUGCAAAAUACCCUCAGCUUUAUUUCUUGGACGUCCAGCCAGAGUGGCUUGGGCAUGACUCCAGACUUGGCCAGACACCACCUGAUCUAUCCAGCCAUAGAAAGUUAUCCUGUGGAUAGUGAGCAUUGCCUUCCAUAUUGGUAGGACUGGCAUGUUCAUGUUGUACAAUAUCAUAGCUAGAAGAUGACCCAAAUUAAGGUACCCUGUUGGCAGCGCAGACUGACUUGCAUUUAUGGUGCACCCAUUCAUGCCCAUCACAUUCUGCUUAAUGAUCAUUAGUGUGGGAGCUUAGAAAUAGCGAGAAAGCACAUGUGGCCCAGCAUUAGAAGAUGCCUACAAAACCAUGCCUACAAAAUUGUUUCCUCUUACAUAAACUACAGUCAAAUGACCUAGUUCAUGUGCUGAUUGCCUUAUUUGUAUGUUUGCAUUCGAGCUAUGUGUGAUAGAUUCUACACCAAGCAUGAUAUUACACUCCCACCACCCUGCUAAUACUGUUCAUUUGGGUUAGUGCCUUAGUUGGGCUUUGUACAAACUGAUUAUUAAGCAGCCUGUGGAGCAACAGGCCAUAUUCAUAUCCCAGUGAAGAUUUCUUAAGCACUGUAUGCUGUCUCCUACAUCACUCAGUGUACAUAUGACACCAACUUUGCCUUUAGAGAUACCAAAACAUUAGGUAGAGGCCAGGUGUGAUGUGCUAUGGUGCAUACAAAGGUCUUCAAUACAAGACCACUAAAAUGCUUUGCUGGCUUCAGGAAAGAAACAAAGUUUUAAGCCUCUCAAACCCCUUUUCCAGCAAGAGAAGAGCCUAACGAAAAUGCAGCAAAUACAGGAGUUCCAGAAAAAGAGUUUGCCUCAUGAUUGUUCUUUCUCCUCUUAACUCACUUCUAAAUGCAGAGCCCUCAUGAACACAUAGAAACUAAAAUCUGUGGUCAGGGGAAGGGUUACGUGCUUU